CUCUCGCCAUGGCCAAACCACAAGCACCACAGCCCUCACUUCACUGAUCAAGUAGCUGGCAAGAGCUUUGAACUCAUUGCGACUUUGCAUCCCCGUCGAUCGAUGGCGUCCAAGGUCGAGCUGGUGGUGGAGGUGAAGUCGCCGGCCGACAAGCUGUGGACGGGGAUGCGCGAAUCCACGGAGCUGUUCCCCAAGAUCUUCCCCGAGCAGUACAAGAGCAUCGAGACCGUGGAGGGCGACGGCAAGUCCGCCGGCACCGUCCGCCUCAUCAAGUACACCGAGGGGGUUCCGAUGGUGACGUUCGCCAAGGAGAAGGUGGAGGUGGCGGACGACGAGAAGAAGUUGGUGUCCUACAGCGUGGUGGACGGCGAGCUGGUUAGCUUCUACAAGAACUUCAGGGUGACGGUGCAGGUGACGGACAAGGGCUCCGCCGACGGCGUCGGCGCGGUGGUGAACUGGACCAUGGACUUCGACAAGGCCAGCGACGAGGUGCCCGAGCCAGACGUCAUCAAGGAGACCGCCGCCAAGACCUUCCACGACCUCGACGACUACCUCCUCAAGAACUAGCUUUGAGCUGCCUCGUCGCUGGCUGCCGCGGACGAUCCUCCAUCCGUCCGUCCGUCCAUGGCUACCGUGUCGUCGUUGCUUGCUGUCUGAUGAUCGUCCGCCUGGUGCAGCGACCGUGUGUACCGUGUAAGCGCAUCUGCCUGCGCUGGGGCGGACGCGUGAGUAGUGGAAUCGUAAUAAUUUCAUAAUAAAGUCGCAGCUUUAUGGUCA